CGCACUUAUCCUUAGCUGCUCCUUUCACCUGUGCAUUAGCAGGGCUCCUUCCUCGUGCUUCCUCCAGGCUUCACAUUACACCAGGUCCUUAGCCGAUUAACAGAUUAUUAGGACCGCUAUCGCCUUAUACCGGUACCUCCUUUUCUGUGUAAGGCGAAGUUUUCUUAAGAAGUUCUGUUAAGAAUAUUUUUUAACUCCGUUCGCGAAGAUGAGGCCGCUUUUGAUGAAGGGUCACGAGAGGCCUCUCACCUUCCUCAAGUACAACCGCGACGGCGAUCUGCUCUUCUCGUGCGCCAAGGACCACCAGCCGACCGUGUGGUACACGGACAACGGCGAGCGCGUCGGCACGUACAAGGGCCACAACGGCGCCGUAUGGACGUGCGACGUCUCUCGCGACUCCAAGAUGCUUAUAACGGCGUCGGCGGACCAGAGCGUGAAGCUGUGGGAGGUGGAGACGGGCGUGCCGUACUACACCUUCUCUAUGGACGGACCUGCGCGCUCCGUCACGCUCGCCGAGGGCGAGCAGCUGGCGGCGAUCACGGUGGACCCCUUUAUGGGCAGCGUGCCGGCUGUUCACGUCAAGCGCAUCAAGGAGGGCAGCCGAGAACAGGAGGAGGAGUCAGUGCUGCACAUCACAGGACCCCAGGGCCGCAUCAUGCGUUGCGUGUGGGGCCCACUCAACCAGACGCUGAUUGGAGCAGGAGAGGACUGCAUCAUCCGCAUGUGGGAUGCCGAGACGGGCAAGUUGUUGCGAGAGACAGAGCCUGAAGUGGCACACAGCAAGACGGUGACGUCACUGUCCAAGUCAGCAGACGGAUCUCACUUUAUGACAGGGUCGCUGGAUAAGUGCGCCAAGCUGUGGGACAUCCGCACGCUGCGCCUGCUCAAGACGUACCAGACGGAGCGGCCCAUCAACGCCGUCGACGUCUCGCCCCUCUUCGACCAUGUGGUGCUGGGAGGAGGCCAGGAUGCGGCAUCUGUCACCACCACAUCGUCACGAGCAGGCAAAUUCGAAGCUGUCUUCUACCAUAAGGUGCUAGAGGAGGAGAUUGGCCGAGUGAAGGGGCAUUUCGGCCCGUUGAACGCUCUCGCUUUCGGCCCAGAUGGUCGAAGCUUUACGAGUGGAGGAGAGGAUGGUUAUGUACGCCUUCAUCACUUCGACAAUGAUUACUUUCAUAUUCGGGUCUAGAUAGAUAUCGUGUUUUAGCUUUCUUUGAAAGAUCACGUGCGUGUUCGUGUUUUUGUGGGUAGUUGCAAUGUUGACUAGCUUCCGUUUUGGAAGUGCUGUAUUGUUGAGGCUACAACAUGCACCCUCUACAUGAUUAUGUUGGCGUUUUCUCCUAUUUGAACCAUCUAUAUACG